AUGAGAGUACCAAUGUUAGCAACAAUAAUACCUACGACUUUACUACUUUGUUCGCAAGUUGUCAGAUGUAUAAACUUUGACGAAUACGACUACAUUUUGAAAGAAAUUAGUGACUUGGAUACGUUGGACGGUUUUGAGAGUAUUCAAAUGUUUGAAAAAAGAGAUGAUAAUUCAACAAAUGACGCAGUUGUUUCCCAGUAUACAACCUUUUUCCAAACAUUAGGUGCUUCAGGACUCUUGCCAGAAAUUAUUAACGAGAUAUCUUCAAGUCCAGAGCAAACACAAAACUUGGUGACUUAUCUCGAGUUUUUUUUAUCAGGUGAUGGUGGAAAUGAAACAUCAACUGAAGGAUUGAGCAUCAACUUGAAUAUGACCCAAAUUUUGAAUUCGGUGAUGUCUUCCGGGAUAAUCCAGUCAACAGCACAAUACUUGUUAGUAAACGACGCAAGUAAUCAAUUUUUGGGCAACUUUCUUGGUGAGGUAUUGGGUGCUCCAAAGAAUGUCUGGGUAGGCUGGCUAUUAUUAGGUUUGGGUGACGGGCACGAUUUAACUGUGGACUGGAUUGCAGAUUUGAUAGUUAAUACCACUUCAAAAGCCAAUACAAAUGAAGACAAUAUGUCUGAAAUCAAUGUUGAACAAGGAUUACCAGUUACACCAAAAGGUCAAAAUUAUGACAUUGUGAUUGAUGUUAAUGGUGGUAGAGAAGGGAGCCAGACGAAUUAUGCAAGAGAUGACGGUGACGAUAACGAAUAUGCGGGAUCAUUUGAUAAGUUCCUUAAUAACGCAAUCAACACAAUAUUGCAAUCAAAUAUAGUUCAGUCUAAUGCCAACGAUAUAAUAGUUGCAUUAAAUCAAUCGGGUAUUGUAGGUCCUUUAGUUCUUGACAUUUUGAAGCUUCCAAAUCUUUCAAAUUUGACAAACACAAUAGCCAGUACAUUAUACAAAAAUGGUGCAUUAGAUGGUCUUGACUUGGAGUCCACUUAUGAAGAUGCUAAGCAAAAAAACAUUUUGAGCGACGCUUUGGAAUAUAUAUUAACUGAUGGAUAUUGGUCUCCGCCUUUGGCCAAACUAUUUAGAAGAAUCGAAGAUACAGGAGCAUAUCAAAGAUUACAAGAUAACAUGUAUGGACCUCACAAGAGACUUUGA